AUGAUCGUGUGCAUAUCUACUUUCUCGCAUUCGGCUGUUGUCAUCACAAGUGCCCUAUCGAAAGCCUCGCCAGAUGCCCAACAACCUACGUUCUCGACAGCAUCGCGGCUUUACAAGGCGACACCACCAGACUUGAAGCUCCCAACACUUUCAGCUGCCCUCUUUACCUGCCUAGAUCGACUACUGAUUCGAGAGUCUGCGAUGCGUCUAUAA